AUGUCAAUGUUUGGAAUGGGUCGUCCUCAGCCAUCCUCGCAAGAGAAGAUUGCUGCUGCUGAGCAAGAGAUGGAUCUUAUUACUGAUAUGUUCAACAAACUUACUCAAGCCUGCAUCAAAAAGUGUAUCCCCAAGGAAUACCGCGAGGGCGAACUCAACAAAGGCGAGGGUGUUUGCAUCGAUCGAUGUGCAGCAAAAUUCUUUGACGUACAGAUGAAGAUCUCGGAGUUGUUACAAGCAGAGGCAGCAGCUAAAGGAGCUGGUGGUGGAGGUGGAUUUGGAGGUGGUGCCUUUGGAGCGUAA